AUGGCUAAAACAGCUAAGAAACCAAGACAUAAAACAUCAAGGGGAGCGUCUAUACAGGUUGCUGAAUCUAUGGGUUCAGGUUCAGCCAAAAUAAAAAAGAAAAUAAGAGAUAUUGAAAGAUUAAUUAAGAAUAACCCAAACCUUCCAGCUGAUAAAAAAAUUGAAUAUGAUAGAGGACUAAAAGCAUUACAAGUUGAAUUAAAGAAUUCCCAAGUUCAAAAUAAAGCUAAAAUUAUAUCAAAGAAAUAUCAUAUGGUUCGAUUUUUUGAAAAGAAGAAAGCAACUAGAAAAUUAAAAAAUUUACGUAAAGAAUUUGAAGAAAUUUCUAAAACUGGAGUUAGAAAAGAUAUUAAAAAAGCCAGAAAACAAUUAAAACACGGGGAAAUUGAUUUGGCGUAUGUGAUAUUAUUCCCAAAGACUGAAAAAUACAUAUCAUUAUAUCCAUCUCCAAAUAAUGAAGAUCAAACUGAUCCAAACGUAAUUAAAGGGUUAAAGAAAACCGAAGAAAGAAGAAGAGAAUUUAGAAAAAGUGUCGAAAAAUUAAUUGAUGAAGAUAAAUUACCGUUCUCAAUUGAUGAUAUAUUACAAGGUAAAUCUGUUAGAUUAGAUUCAACUAAGAAACAAAAUGCUGUUAUUACUGAAGAAAUUGAUGCUCCAGAAGCUAAGCAAAAUGGUCAAAAAGAAGAGCAAGAUGAUUUCUUUGAGUAA